ACACCCAAAAUUCUGAUCCUUCCCAUCUGAUCCACUUUCUAUCUUUGCCCAAACCCCACAAAGAAUCCAUCUACCUCUGCUGAUCUCAUCAUCUUUCUCCAGAAGUUCGUUACUUUAUUCACCUGUUCUUUGCCCUCUUCUUUGAUUUACACUCGGAUGAUAUUCUCACAGUGAAACCAAGGAUCAACUACUCCAUAUUGGGAAUCUUAUGAUUGGGUUCUUUUCGUUCGUCAUCAGAAAAUUGAGGACUUGAUAAAGCUAAGGCCUUCAAUUUUCUCAGUUUAUACUGAUUGCCACAACCAACGAGCUUUAUUCUCCCUGAUUCAAGUUUCAGUAUUUGAGUGAUUCUCGAUGGCUGAUAACCGGAGUAGAAAUGUCAAGCCUGCAAGUGGCAAGCCACCAGCGUCUGCAGCCGCCAACCCAUUCACUAUCAAUCUAGAUAACUUCAGCAAGCGGUUGAAGAUUUUAUAUUCACAUUGGAAUAAACAUGGUACGGAUCUAUGGGGUGGUUCUAGUGCUCUGGCCAUCGCGACUCCCCCUAUUUCGGAGGAUCUGAGGUACUUGAAAUCCUCGGCACUAAAUAUUUGGUUGGUAGGCUAUGAAUUCCCAGAGACCAUUAUGGUUUUCUUGAAGAAACAGAUCCAUUUCUUGUUUACCCAAAAAAAGGCAUCUUUGCUUGAUGUUGUGAAGAAGUCUGCCAAAGAAGCGGUUGAUGUUGAAGUCAUUAUUCAUGUGAAGGCCAAGGGUGACGACGGGACCUGUCCAAUGGAUAACAUUUUUCGAGCUAUCUAUUCUCAGAUGAACUCCAGUGAUAGUGAUGUGCCUGUUGUAGGUUGCAUAUCAAGGGAAGCACCCGAGGGAAAGAUUUUGGAGGCUUGGGAUGAAAAGUUAAAGAAAGCAAAAUUUGAGCUCACCGAUGUAACAAAUGGAUUCUCAGACUUAUUUGCUGUGAAAGAUGAAACUGAGCUUACACAUGUGAAGAAGGCUGCGUUCUUCACUUCAUCUGUUAUGAGGCAAUUUGUGGUGCCCAAACUUGAGAAGGUCAUUGAUGAGGAGAGGAAGGUUUCUCACUCGGCAUUGUUGGAUAAUACGGAGAAGACUAUAUUGGAGCCGGGUCGAAUUAAGGUGAAAUUGAAGGCUGAGAACAUUGAUAUUUGCUACCCUCCUAUUUUUCAGAGUGGAGGAGAGUUUGAUCUAAAACCAAGUGCUUCAAGCAACGAUGAGAAUCUUUAUUAUGACUCCACCAGUGUCAUUAUAUGUGCACUUGGGUCUCGAUACAACAGCUACUGUUCAAAUAUUGCUCGAACUGUUUUGAUUGAUGCCAAUUCCAAACAAAGCAAGGCAUAUGAGGUCCUCCUUAAAGCUCAAGAUGCAGCCAUCGGUGCUUUGAAAUCUGGGAACAAGGUGAGUUCUGUUCAAAUUUGA